AUGGCUAGACAGUGGAUGGCCCCUGCUAUUACAUACGGCAUGGCUGGACAGUGGAUGGCCCCUGCUAUUACAUACGGCAUGGCUGGACAGUGGAUGGCCCCUGCUAUUACAUACGGCAUGGCUGGACAGUGGAUGGCCCCUGCUAUUACAUACGGCAUGGCUGGACAGUGGAUGGCCCCUGCUAUUACAUACGGCAUGGCUGGACAGUGGAUGGCCCCUGCUAUUACAUACGGCAUGGCUGGACAGUGGAUGGCCCCUGCUAUUACAUACGGCAUGGCUGGACAGUGGAUGGCCCCUGCUAUUACAUACGGCAUGGCUGGACAGUGGACGGCCCCUGCUAUUACAUAUGGCAUGGCUGGACAGUGGACGGCCCCUGCUAUUACAUACGGCAUGGCUGGACAGUGGAUAGCCCCUGCAAUUACCUACGGCAUGGCUGGACAGUGGAUGGCCCCUGCAAUUACUUACGGCAUGGCUGGACAGUGGAUGGCCCCUGCAAUUACCUACGGCAUGGCUGGACAGUGGAUAUUCGCUAUAUAG